ACGCUCUCGAUCAAGUGUCUUGGCGAAUUCUGUCAAGACUUGUUAAUGCGAUGCUGUGUCUGGAGAUGCUAGAAUGCUCUAUUUCAAAGCACUACAAGUGGAUCAGGACACUCAGGAUUAGUGUGCCAAGUCCCUUAAUGUUUUUGAGGGAAAUCCUUCAGGUUCUAAGCUUGUGAAGAGCGCUUGGCAUCCAAGCAUGGAAUCCAAAAAGAUUGGAUGAUGGAUGGAGCUGUUGAGGAAUUGUGCGUGUAAGAGGAAUGUCCUCACAUUUCUCUUCUCCCCUGGCUCUGCAGCUCUUGCUCAUUUCUUGCGUUGUUCCUAUCAAGUGGAAGUUCUCUCCGAGUAAAGUCACGAAGCCAUGCCUGAUUUUUGUGAUAAGUAAACCGCCAAUCUUCAUUAUUGAGCGCGAAGGUGCUGCGGAAUCUUAGAAUUACUGGUUGGGAGGUGUUAAUUUCAAGUGAAGUUUAGGUUGCGCACCAAGUAUGUGUCAAGUUAGAGGAAUGGUCAUUCAUCAUCAGGACUUUUGGUGUCCAUUGGUUGAUGUUCGGCGAUCGCGUUUAACGUGUUCCCAAGCUGGUAUGGGUUAGUUUCACGUGAUUCAUGAUUUUGAAAUUUGAGUUCAGCCUCCAACCUCAAUGGUCUUCAUAACUAUGUGUCCGACCAGAUAGUUGGGUACUGAGGUGAACCUGUUAAGAUCAUGGACGUCAUCCACUUAAGCAAAUUAUGUCUGAUGUAACGGUUUGAGUGCCUGAAGUUGUGUCCUCGCUAUCUUCCUACCUCCAAAGGUCAACACCUUUGUAGCCUAAAUCUGUUCCUGUUACCGUCUUUACCUUUAUUUCACGUGAAGGUGCUUGUGGGACUCGUGGAGUGGCGAGUCUGAACAUAGUAGUCUUCAUCCCUAUGUCCGUAGCAGUCGUGCAGGAGUAUGUCUUUCGCAGUUCGUUUUAAAAGCAAUUUUGGGGAGCCUAAAUUUUUCUUUGUGGAAGUUUAGGCCCAGUGGGAUGUCGGAGGUUUUAGUGUGAUGAUGAGCAGUCGUGGAGCGGUUUGGCUGUUGCAGGUGGACGUGAAAACGAAUGAUUUUUUCUUUGACAUUGUUAGAGCCAAAGAAGGAUAGCGAGUGUAACUAUGGAUAGGUAUUCCUUGUUCUCCAUGUGGCCUCAUGCGUCAACAAUGAGCACAAUCACAAGCUCUAUUGCAGAUCAAAUUGAGAGCAAUACAUGUCCAAUUUGUUUCGAGCUUAUGAAAUCUCCAGACUUUUCGCCUAUUCUGCUUUCUCCUUGCGGCCACACAUUCUGUGCCAAGUGUGUGUCAAGGCAUGUGUCAAUACACGAGAAGCAAUCACGUUACGGUGGACCUCUCCAGCCAGCUCCUUGCCCUUAUUGCAGGCAGAAUAUAUCAUCACAGACCUUGAAUAUAUCACUCCAAAAGAUGAUUACCAGCAUUCUUUCGUUGCAAGAAACACUUGAGAAAGCUGAUGCGGACACAGGUGGGUUCCGUGAUGGAUUCCUUCAGGCUCAAACUCGCUGCGAGAUUCUACAAAGCGAGCUACAGGAAUCCAUGCGCAAAAAAGAUAGAAUGGAGAGAGAAAUUGCACAAACUGAUGAAGCUCUGAUCCAGCUGCGGGCAAAGGAAGAAGCUCUGGAGGAGAGCAUUCGUAAGACUAGUUCGGAGCAUCAAAAGGUGCUGACCGAUUUGAUGGAUACUCGGAAUAAGAGUACUACGCUAAAGUUCUGCCGCGAUGAGAUAGUGACCAAGUUGAGUCUCAUCCAAGCGUCCUUGUUUGCACUAGAGCAGAAUCAGUAGGUGAAGACUCACCUGCAUCGAGCCGCCGGAGCCAGUCCAGGUGCUAGUUUGUAAGUGCCCAGGAAUUCUGUAGCACAUGCAAACGUCAUCACAUGUGGCCAUGUUAGAAUGUUGCUAAUACAGAGACAAUAAAUUUCCUUCACAAUGCCAGGAGCGUGAUAAAUACAGACUGCUUUCUCAAGAUGAUCAUUGUGUGCUCACUGCCCACUGAUGAUCGCUGCAACGGCUAAGCUUUGGAGUGGGUGAGACCAUGACUCAGAGACAUGCCUCAGAGAUGUCUCCCACAUGGAGCUUUAGCUGUGUACCCAACAGUCAAAGCUCAUUGCAACGCACUUCUUCUUUACUAUUUCGGAGGAAGGAAAUGUGAAGAAACUCCACAUGCAACUGUGCGUGUGGACAACUUGCUUGAAGGAGAAUCAUACAGAUAAAAAUGAGUGUCGGUUAAUACUUUCUUGUGUUCAUCAUUUAGCUUAAACAAUAUAUCUUUUGUUAGUUGAACAUAUUUUUAGAUGAGAUUUCCAAGAAACAAACACUGAUUGUAACAAAGUACGAGCAUUUUUUUUUUGUUGUGAAUAGAAUGUUGCGUUCCUAAUCAACCACACGUGCACCACAGAUAAAUAAAAGAAAACCAAAAAUAUAUGUGACUUUUCUGAUGGAAAAGUUUACUCUCUCUAUAUAAUUUUUUUCAUGCA